CUUUGUGUACAUAUUUUCCUAGAAACCUUCCUGGGUUCCUGGUAAGGAGGCAGGACUAAAAUUGUAUGACUGGAGUUAUGUGACUUGUGUCUCUGUGAAAAAAUUAUUUUGAUCCCACUUCUAUUAUGACUUAAAAUUGUAACUGAAAGUUUGGCAAGUAUUUUUAGUCAAGAGAAGAGGCAAAGGAUAGCUUAUCCCUUUACAGAGCUGAAAGCGAGGGGAUAAUAUUGAAGAAGACUCAGAGGUGGAUGUCUGUAGAUCAUCGUAACAAUCAGCCACAAAAUUUUUAUUUUCAGUCUAUGAGACACAUCCAGUCCAAGACCAUAAUGACCACAUUCAACUUGAGCAGCUUCAAUUCAGGCCCUUUCAUCUUACUGGGAAUCCCAGGGCUGGAGGAGUUCCAUGUCUGGAUCGGGAUUCCUUUUUUUAUUAUCUACCUUGUGGCCCUUGCAGGCAACAGUGUCCUUCUCUACCUUAUUUCCAUGGAACGCAGCCUUCAUCAGCCCAUGUUCUUUUUCCUCUCCAUGCUGGCUGUUACAGAUCUCAUCCUAUCUAAUACAUGUGUACCCAAAACAUUCAGCAUCUUCUGGCUAGGUCCUCAGGAAAUCACCUUUUCUGGAUGCCUUACUCAAAUGUUCUUUCUCCACUAUAGCUUUGCCAUGGAUUCUGCCAUCCUGUUAGCCAUGGCAUUUGAUCGCUAUGUUGCUGUUUGCUUCCCCCUAAGAUAUACCACUAUUCUUACCCGUCAGAUUAUUACUAAAAUUGUAAUGGCUAUUGUUAGCAGGAGCUUUUGCAUCAUCUUCCCAUGUGUGUUCCUAUUAAAACGACUACCUUUUUGCCGAACACUCAUCAUCCCCCACACGUACUGUGAGCACAUAGGCAUAGCCCAGCUUGCCUGUGCGGACAUCUCCAUCAACAUCUGGUAUGGAUUUGCUGUGCCUGUAAUGACUGUUACAUCAGACCUGAUCCUCAUUGGCAUCUCCUACACUCUCAUCCUUCAUGCCAUCUUUAAUCUUCCAUCCCGAGAUGCCCGCCAGAAAGCCCUCAACACGUGUGGUUCCCAUGUUUGUGUCAUUCUUAUAUUCUACACACCAGCAAUGUUCUCUGUCCUUACCCACCGUUUUGGUCACAAUAUUCCUCACUCCUUCCACAUACUGACUGCCAACUUCUACGUAGCCAUCCCUCCUGCACUCAAUCCAAUCAUCUAUGGGGUGAAGACCAAGCAGAUUCGGGAAAAAAUCAUCCUACCCUUCUUCCCUAAAGGGAACUAUUGACAUGAGACUGAGAGCUUGGGAAAGGAAACAGGUAACCAUAUUUAUUUUGGAAUGCAUUUUAUUUUUUUACAGCUAAAAUAUCUACAAUGGUGAUUUAAAUACAUAUGAAAUCUUAAAAGUCUUCCAUGUGUUAUAGGAAUCAAUAAGACAAAGUAAGGAAGUAGAUAUCAAGAAAGACAAAAAAAGUUGAAGAAGAUAUG